CAGACAUCUCAGUGAGAGCCACAGUCUAUGUGGGACUGUAUACUAGUGCAGGUAAAUUUGUUAGCUAAGUGCAUCAGGAUAUGUUAAAUUGCUGCAGAAACCAGAUUAAAAAAUCCUUCAUGACUAAUACUUAUAGUUAUGGUAGUCUCUUUCUUCUACAAAUAGGAGGGAGUGUCUCAAUAUCUGGAGAUGUGACAUUUGACCCUCACCUGUAUCUCCACUGGUGGACCUGCUACCACUGUCACUUGGACCAGAGACUCCACCACUGUCACCCAAGGAACCCAGACUGUGUUGAAUGACCCAGUGACUGCACAGUACACCCACACUCUGACUGUGACUGCUUUGGGAACAUACACAUGUACUGUGUCUAAUAACAAGCCAUCAUCUGCAUCAGCUAGCAUCACAUUAGGUAUAUACCCUAUUCCCCUUUGUUAUAAUCAGAGUAGUUUCACUUCAAGUUUGAUGUUUCUUCAGAUCUUUCACCUCCCACUGGUGUGUCAGCAGCCCAGAAGGACCAACAAGUAUUGAAGUAACCUGGAACCCUCCUGUUUCUCCAUUGAAUGGUAUCACUGGCUAUGAAAUCUCCUACUCUGGGGAGAUCUGCAGGCAGUAGUGGCAGUGAGAAUGUUGCUGGUGAAAAUACUAACAGACACACACUGACUGGUCUUACCAAUGGAAGGAUCUAUACCAUAUCCAUUGUAGCCACAUCAUCAACAGACCUAGUCAGUGAAAGUGUUGCCACCAACACUGUUCGCUUGGUUCCAUCUGCUCUAGUUCUGCAAACAUCUCCAACAGUCACAUCCACUAACAUCACUAUCACUGGUAGUGUUCCCACUGGCUCAGUGGUGACUGGCUUUAUUGUCCAGUGGCAGAGAGACACGUCAGUUGGCUGCUCCUCUUCAAAUCAACGAAUUCUUACAGUGAAUCAAGGUUUUAGUGGUUCAUACAGAAUAACUGGACUAGAGCCAGGGAAUAGGUACACCAUUACUGUGACAGUCUUCAAUGCAGCUGGCAAUGGUCCGGUCAGUAAUGCUGUAACUGCAACAACUAUGGAGACAAAUCCUACAGGAGGUCCUAGCUCAGUCCGAAUUGGUACAGUCACAGCCAGUAGUAUAACUCUCCAUUGGGGAGAGGUGUCUUGUCUCCAUCGUAAUGGAGAGAUAACUGGCUACAGAGCACAGGCUGUGAGAAAUGGAAUGGUAGAAGGAACUGCUAGUGUCAGUGGUGGUGCUAGACAGGCUACAAUCUCUGGAUUGUCUCCAUCAACCCUGUACUCUGUCCAAGUGGCAGCAGUGAAUGGUGCUGGUACUGGACCAUACAGUGGUGCAUAUGUCAGGACUAAUGAUGGACUUAUUACACAAGUUAUCUCAUCCUAUACAUCUCUGAACAUCUCAUGUACACUGGAGGGGACUUUGACAGCUACUGGCUACACCAUCUCCUACUCCAACACUAACACUGACUGUUUCACUGACUCCAGAAGUGGUAUAACUACUAGUGGAACAUCAUAUACACUGACUGGUCUGGAGGAGGGAACUCAGUAUUCUAUCACACUCAAUGCCACUCUGACUGGAGGAAGGACUGAA